AUGUGGGACACCGUUACAACGGCGUCUCCCAAACUUCGAUUGCCGAAAACGCACGCAAAACUCGCCAUGACGGACAUCAUCUACCCAUUCAUCCAUCAUCGAGAAACCAAACACAUUCUCUACUUAUGUCUUCCACGCUGCUUUCUCACACUGAAGGGUACUGUGGAACUUCGUAUUACGGUCGUGGAUGUCGACGAUGACGGUACGACGUUGGUAGACAGCUACACCACGAUCAUCUCUGGUACACCAGAAACAUCUGUUGAUGUCGCCAGCGUGGAAACACUAUUGUUCGUUGGAUCUCGAACACUCUCGAAAACGAGUUUGGAAGCUGAUUAUGCAUUCUACUGCGACGAGUUCUACUACAGUAUCUCUUGUGGAACCUAUUGUAAGGACACGGAUGAUGACAGCGGCCAUUACACGUGCGAUUCCGACGGCUCCAAAGAGUGUCUCGAAGGAUAUGAAGAUUCAGCCUCAGACUGUACAGCUGAAAUCAACGAAUGCAUCACAAACAACGUAGUCUGCUUAAACGGCGGUACAUGCGAGGACGAAUACCUUGGUUACAGCUGCUCAUGCCUUGCCUUCUUCAGCGGGGAUUUCUGUGAAGUUGCGUCCGAAUGCCUCAGCUCUCCUUGUCAAAAUGGCGGCUCUUGUACGGAGUUGGCCAUCAGUGGAUACAAUUGUACCUGCUUAUCUGGUUUCAUCGGCACCAACUGCGAAAUAGAGAUCAACGAGUGCGAGAGCUCUCCAUGUGUGAACGGGGCUACGUGUGUUGACCUAAUCGAUGAAUUUAGGUGUGACUGUGAGAGUGGGUGGGAGGGGGACACGUGCAGCGACGAAAUCAAUGAAUGUGCCAGUGACCCUUGUCUGAAUGGUGCUACCUGUCAGGAUCUGUUUGAUUCUUACCAGUGUGAUUGCCUUGGUGGUUAUGAAGGAACGAAUUGUGAGACAGAAAUCAAUGAAUGUGAUAGCAGUUCUUGUCAGAAUGGAGCCACAUGUAUUGAUCUGAUCAACGCAUAUCAGUGCAACUGCGUCGCUGGAUACUUUGGUGUUGACUGUGAAGCUGAGACAGACGAGUGCGCAAGCACGCCAUGCAUAAAUGGGGGUACCUGUACUGAUGUCAUUGGUGGUUACACGUGCACAUGCGCAGGAGGAUAUGAAGGAGUCAACUGCGGGAGUGAGAUUCUAGAAUGUGACAGUAACCCCUGCACUAAUGGUGCAACAUGCCAAGACCUUGUGAACAGCUACCUUUGUGUGUGUCCUGGUGGGUUUGAUGGCGUCAACUGCGAUGCAAACAUAGAUGAAUGCGCCUCAAUGCCAUGCUUGAACGGUGCCGCUUGUGAGGAUAGCGUUGAUGAAUUCACAUGCAUCUGCGCUACUGGUUUUGAAGGAGAUCUCUGUGAGGAAAACAUCGAUGAAUGUAUUGCAAAUGAAUGUAAGAAUGGAGCUACCUGUGUGGAUGUCAUUGCUGGCUACUAUUGCGAAUGCAUUUCGGGAUACGACGGCAUAUUCUGCGAAAUCGACAUUGAUGAGUGUUCAAACAAUACUUGCGAGAACGGAGCUGUGUGCGUGGACAGGGUUGCCGGGUAUGAAUGUGACUGCCUCGAGGGUUUUGACGGACUUUUCUGCGAGGUUGACAUACAUGAAUGUGCAAGCAUGCCGUGUCAGAACAAUGCUACAUGUAAUGACCAGGUUGCCGGGUAUAACUGCAGUUGUCUUCCAGGUUUUGAUGGCAAUCUCUGCCAAAACGAAAUUGACGAAUGUGCAAGUAACCCGUGCUCUGUCAACUCACAAUGCAUAGAUAUGGUAGAUGAAUACAAUUGUGACUGUAAUUCUGGAUAUGAGGGCGACACCUGCGAAAUAGAUAUCAAUGAGUGUGCCACUAUAGAAUGUCAAAAUGGAGCAACAUGUGUAGAUCUGGUCGCUGAGUUUAUGUGCACAUGUGUCUUAGGCUAUAAGGCACUCUCUGCGAGACUGAAACCGACGAGUGCAAGAGUAUGCCCUGUCAGAAUGGUGCUACAUGUCAGGACGAACUUGACGGAUAUUUCUGUUCUUGUGCAUCUGGUUUCGAAGGAGUUGACUGUGAGGUUGAUAUCGAUGAAUGCUCUAGUAACCCAUGCGUGCAGAAUGCCACAUGUGCUGAUAGGGUUGACGGCUAUACCUGUAGCUGUGUUUCUGGUUAUGGUGGUGACAACUGCGAAUUUGAAAUCAACGAAUGUGACAGUAACCCAUGUCAAAAUGGGGCGAACUGCACUGACUAUUUGGAUGGAUACGAUUGCUCAUGUCCGAUGGUUUGAAGGAGAUAACUGUGAAGUUGAUAUCGACUUCUGUGUUAUUAACCUGUGUGCAAAUGAUGCCCUUUGUGUCGAUGGACUCCUCGAUUACACGUGUGACUGUGUCCCAGGUUUCGAAGGCCAGUACUGUGAGGUUAACAUAAAUGAAUGUGCGAGUGAUCCGUGUCAGUAUGGCUCCCCUUGCAUCGAUCGAGUCAACGGUUACUUCUGCAACUGCACUGAAGGCUACGAAGGAGGCGAUUGCGAGUUGGAAAUAGAUGAAUGCUUGAGCUCUCCUUGUGAGAACGGUCGACUGUGUCGAUCAGUUGGAGGAUAUACCUGCUGCUGUCAACCUGGUUAUGAAGGAGACAACUGUGAGAUUGAAACAGACGAAUGUGUGAGUGGACCUUGUCUGAAUGGAGGAUCCUGCAGAGACAGACUGGACGGUUACACUUGUGAUUGCCCGCGUGGAUUUAUUGGUCGACAAUGUCAGUUUGAGAUCAACGAGUGUAUCGUGAACAUGUGUGAGAACGGAGCUACCUGUGUUGAUGAAGCUGGUGGCUUUUCAUGCCUUUGCGUUUCAGGUUUCUAUGGUAAUAGGUGUGAGAAUGAAACCAAUGAAUGCGCUAGUGACCCCUGCCGCAAUGGAGCUACAUGUGAUGACGUCAUCGAUGCAUACAGAUGCCAGUGCAGUCCUGGAUACGAGGGUAUCAACUGCGAAAUGGAGACAAACGAAUGCGAUAGUGAUCCAUGCCGCAAUGGGGGACAAUGUACAGAUUUACUUGGAGAUUAUAUGUGUCUCUGUCCAUCCGGAUACGAAGGGAAAGAUUGUGAGCUUGAAAUUAACGAAUGUGAUAGCAAUCCGUGUCAGAACGGAGGAGAAUGUGUAGACCAGUUCAAUGGCUAUACUUGUUGUUGUUUAUCACCAUACGAUGGACCUAACUGUGUGCAUGAGAAAAACGAGUGUACAAGUAAUCCGUGCCAAAAUGGUGCAAGUUGCAUCGAUGGAUUUGACGAGUAUCGUUGCGCAUGCGCACCAGGUUUUGUCGGUAGAGAUUGCGAGUUUGAAAUCAAUGAAUGCAUGAUGAAUAUGUGUGACAAUGGGGCCACCUGUAUUGACGAGGUUGGCAUGUUUACAUGUGUAUGUGCUCCUGGGUAUGAAGGGAUGAGAUGUGAGAACGAGACCAAUGAGUGUCUCAGUAACCCAUGCCAGAAUGGAGCUCUCUGUAAAGAUAUGCUGGACAGCUAUUCAUGUCAGUGUCUUCCCGGUUUCCAGGGUCCCAUUUGUGAGGUAAAUUUUGACGAAUGUGCCAGCCAUCCGUGUGAGAAUGGUGGCCGAUGUAUAGACAUGGACAACGGUUAUACAUGUAAUUGUUCGGCUGGUUUUGAAGGACCAAACUGCAGAAUAAAUAUAGAUGAAUGCCAGAGCUCUCCGUGUGAAAAUGGCGGAAUUUGUAUCGACGGAGUUGCUGAGUUUUCUUGCAUGUGUCAAGGUGGUUUUGAAGGACGAAGGUGCCAAGUGGACAUUAACGAAUGCAAUAGUGUCCCGUGCAGAAAUGGUGCGACUUGUGUUGAUCGUGUUAAUGAAUACCGAUGCCAAUGUGCGCCUGGGUAUACAGGGCCUGAGUGUGGUCGGGAGAUAGAUGAAUGCAGCAGUGUGCCAUGCCAAAAUGGAGGUGUGUGCACAGACUUGCUUAAUGACUACACAUGCGAAUGUAUGCCUGGUUUUAUCGGUAGAAGCUGUGAGGUAAACAUAGAUGAAUGCAACAGUUCACCUUGUCAGAAUGGUGCAACGUGCGUUGACCAAGCCAAUGGAUACCACUGCGUUUGUCCAAUUGGUUUCAUGGGUGCCUUGUGCGAAACUGAACGAGAUGAAUGUGCAAGUGCUCCUUGUGGACACGAAGGCAUUUGCACGGACCUUAUCAAUGAUUACUUUUGUGAAUGUUUUCCUGGAUUCCAGGGUCGUAAUUGUGAACAAGAGAUUAACGAAUGCAGGAGCGAGCCAUGCUUGAAUAGAGGAACUUGCAUUGAUAAGGUCAAUGGAUACGAAUGUGUCUGCCCCAUGGGAUUUUUCGGGGUGAAUUGUGAGACAGAUGUCGACGAGUGCUCCAGCCAACCAUGUCAGAAUAAUGCUACUUGCGUUGAUGUAGCAGGUGGUUAUACAUGUCAGUGUGUAUCAGGUUUCGAUGGUCCAAACUGUGAAUUCGAAAGGAAUGAAUGUGCAUCACAUCCUUGCCAACAUGGAGGAAUGUGUCAGGACAAAUUUAACGGUUAUGAAUGUGAGUGUAUGCCCGGUUUCACAGGCAGAGAUUGUGAAGUUAAUAUAGACGACUGUGCAAGUCAACCAUGUCAAAAUGGGGGCAUGUGCGAGGACCGGAUUGAAGAGUAUAACUGCAUCUGUCGACCUGGGUUCUUCGGCAGAGAAUGCCAGUUUGAAUGGAACGAAUGUAUUAGUAUGCCAUGUCAAAACGAUGCAACAUGCAGGGAUCUUGAGAAUAGUUACAGUUGUGACUGUCCUGCUGGUUACUAUGGACGUGACUGCGAGUUUGAUCAUGAUGAUUGCGCCAGUGAUCAUUGCCAGAAUGGUGCACACUGUGUUGACCAAGUUGAUGGUUAUCAUUGCCUCUGCGUACCGGGAUAUAUCGGUCUUGACUGUGAGCGAGAAAUCAAUGAAUGUGAAAGCCAACCUUGUUUGAAUGGCGCCACCUGCACAGACCGACUGGCUUACUACGAGUGCACUUGUGUUCCAGGUUUCUUUGGUGAGAACUGUGAGACAAACCGAAACGAGUGCGCAAGCCAUCCAUGCCAAAAUGGGGGUAGGUGCAUGGAUGGCAUCGACGGUUAUCGGUGUAACUGCACAUCUGGUUUCUUUGGAAUGAACUGUGAAAUUGAAAAGAACGAAUGCAUGAGCAUGCCGUGUGUUAACGGAGCUACAUGUGAAGACCGUGUUGAUGGUUAUCGCUGCUUUUGCAGUCCAGGUUUUGAAGGAAGGGACUGCGAAAUUAAUGCAAAUGAAUGCAGUAGUAAUCCUUGCGCUAACGGAGCAACCUGCGUUGAUCAGAUUGCUGAUUUCAUAUGUAUCUGUCCUCUCGGUUUUGAUGGUAAAAAUGUCUUCAACAUAAAUGAAUGCCAAAGUAGACCGUGCCUCAAUGGUGGUGUUUGUUUGGAUCAGCUAGCAGAUUAUCAUUGUGAUUGUACUCCUGGUUUCAGAGGCAAGAACUGUGGGGAAAACAUCAAUGAAUGUGCGAGUGACCCUUGUCGAAACGGGGCAACUUGUCAAGAUCAGGUCAAUAGAUACAUGUGCCACUGUUCACCUGGGUUCUACGGAAUGUUGUGUGAAUUCGAAACGGAUGAAUGUGCAAGUCAUCCAUGUCAAAAUGGCGCAAGAUGUGAGGACAAGAUUAAUGAUUUUAUGUGUCAUUGCCCACCAGGUUAUGUCGGUAAAACAUGUGAAAAUGAGCGUGAUGAAUGCAUGAGCAUGCCAUGCCUGAAUGGUGCUACCUGUGUUGAUCGUUUCAAUGCUUAUAUAUGUGUCUGUCCGAAUGGUUUCAUAGGACUUCACUGUGAGCAGGACAUCAAUGAAUGUGCAAGUCAUCCAUGUUUGAACAAUGGAACUUGCAUGGAUGGUCCUGGUGGAUACAGGUGUAACUGCAGACCCGGUUAUAUGGGGAUGAACUGUGAAGUCGAGGAGAACGAGUGUUCCAGUAAUCCCUGUCUUCAUGGAGCUACGUGUGUGGAUCGUGUGGGCAGGUAUGAGUGCGUCUGCCCCAUUGGGUUUGUCGGACUGAACUGUGAAGUCAAUAUUGACGAAUGUGCAAGUUAUCCGUGUACAAAUGGCGGUACUUGUGUCGAUGAAGCAGCCAACUUUAGGUGCCUAUGUCCACCAGGGUUUGUUGGUAGGAUGUGCGAGGUAAACUUUGAUGAAUGUACGAGCCAUCCAUGCCAAAAUAGUGGCAUCUGUCAUGAUGCAAUAAAUGACUAUAUGUGUAAUUGCUCAUAUGGAUUUACAGGGAAAAACUGUGAAGUCAAUGUAGAUGAAUGCCAAAGCAUGCCAUGUAUGAACGGAGCAACCUGUCGUGACAUGGCUGGUGGUUUCUCCUGUCACUGUGCUCAAGGCUUCUAUGGAUUGUUCUGUGAACUGGAAAUGAACGAAUGCGAAAGUCACCCAUGUCUGAAUGGAGCCGUAUGUAUAGAUGAAGUCGGCGGUUACACUUGUCAGUGUGCGCCUGGUUUUAUGGGGAUUUACUGUGAAAUUAACACAGAUGAAUGCCAUAGCCGACCUUGUAUGAAUGGAGCCACUUGCAGGGAUUUGGUGGCUGAUUAUGACUGCGUUUGCAGCAAUGGAUUUGAAGGGCGCAACUGCGAAAUAGACAUCAACGAAUGUAAUAUCAGUCCUUGUUUGAAUGGUGGUACCUGUUUAGACUCUAUCGACCAGUAUAUGUGUCACUGCAGACCAGGGUUUGUGGGACAUAACUGUGAGAUCAAUGUUGACGAAUGCAUGAGCAUGCCUUGUCGUCAUGGUUCAACAUGCCAGGAUAGAAUCGAUGGUUAUGACUGCCAUUGUUCACCUGGCUUUGAAGGACGCGAUUGUGAAAUCAACCGAGAUGAGUGUGGUUCACAUCCUUGUCAAAAUGGCGGUUUUUGUCAGGACCAGGUAAAUGGUUACGUUUGUCACUGUCAUCCCGGCUUCAUUGGGAGGGAUUGUGAGGUUGACGUUGAUGAAUGCGAAAGCAACCCUUGUCAAAAUGGCGCAAGUUGCACAGAUAUGCCUGGACGAUAUGAAUGUCGUUGUGCCCCUGGGUUUUACGGAACAGAUUGUGCAUUCAAUAUCAACGAUUGUAGUAUAGACUCAUGUAAAAAUGGAGCCACUUGUGUAGAUGGAGUUGAUGGGUACACUUGUUAUUGUACUCCUGGUUUUGAAGGGAGGGACUGUGAAAUCAACAGAGAUGAAUGCAUCAAAAACAUGUGUAGGAAUGGGGCACUUUGCGUUGAUGGUAUCAACGAUUACACCUGCAGAUGCCAACCUGGUUUUGGUGGAAGAUAUUGCGAGGUCAACAUAGAUGAGUGUUCUAGUUAUCCAUGUCUCAAUGGAGCAACUUGCUUUGACGGAAUCGAUGACUACCGUUGUGAAUGUAAGCCAGGAUUUACAGGACGUCAUUGCGAGGUUAACCAAGAUGCCUGCCAGAGCCACCCUUGUCACCAUGGUGCCACUUGCCAGCCGACGGAGCAUGGUUUCGUUUGUGUAUGUCCAAUGGGUUAUCAAGGAGAUAGAUGUGACCUAGACGUAAAUGAAUGCAUGCAGAGUGUCCCCGUGUGCCCAGGAAACAAGGUCUGCCGAAACAUCCCUGGUUCCUUCGAAUGUAUCUGUCACCAAGGAUUUGUUGGAGAACAUUGUGAUAUCCCUGUAGAUCCAUGUGUGUCUUCACCUUGCCGGGCUGGAACCUGUGUCAACUAUGAAGCCGGUCGAUACACAUGCGUGUGCCCUCCGGGUUUGGGAGGCGUGAACUGUGAAGUGUCAUUAGAUCCAUGCCAUCCAGACCCCUGCAAGAACGGUGGUGAAUGCGUCCCUUCUGCACCUGAUGACAUGCGAUGCAGGUGUCUUGUUGGCUUCUUUGGACCUCUCUGUGAAGUUGCUCUAACCGUCAGGUGUACCGGUAGUUCUAUGACCGUCUUCAUACCAACCACCGUUCCUGGAGUCGACUCACCCCAGUCAAUCAGCUUCACGGACCCAGCAUGUCGUGCAAACCCACUCGGAGACAACAUGGCUCGCCUGUCAACAUUCUACGAUCAGUGCGGCACCCAAGUUGAGACUACCGUGAUGGCUUUGAAAUUCCACAACGUCGUCUAUUUCCCGAGCAGCGACCACGAUCACGAGACCAUCUUCCACGACAACCGACGGUCCAUUCCUGUGCAAUGCGUGCUGACCCGAGACCAACUCACCAAGGCACAGGUGGACAGUCUCAUCGCAGGAGACAACACCAAAGAACUAACAGGACUGGGUAACUUCUCGCUGGAGAUCAAGCAAUAUCGCGACCAGGACUUCAAGGUGCCCAUCAAGAGCGGGAAGGUGCCGAGCUGGAAGUCGAGGUGGGAGAGGAGCUGUUCUUUGAUGUGAGCUUGGUGACUGUAGACGGGUUUAGUCUCUUCCUCGAGUCUUGUUGGAUGUCGCCAUCCGCAAAGACAACUGCAGUGAUGAGACACGUUCUUAUAUCUGAUGGAUGCCCGGUGGACGAUUCCGUGCAGUUUGUGCGCUCUUCUGAUCUUAAAGAAAGGAAGUUUUCUGUCAAAGCUGGUGGUUUCUUGAACAAUCUACCACAGGUCUUCAUGCAGUGUAAAGCACAUCUCUGUCACGCUUUGGACACCGACUCCCGCUGCUCACUCGGUUGUCUGUCGAGAGGAGGUCGAGUCCGCCGUGAUGUCAGCCUAACCUCGGUAUCUUUGACCGCGUCACUCUCACAUGGACCGGUAAAGACCAGACUCCGUCGCGGUACUGACCUCCACGUAGCCGAUGCUGCUCAGACACAAAUAUCCAAAUUGAAUCAAGCAACUAAGAUCACCAUCUUUGCCUUAGCUGGCGGUAUGCUGGUCAUAGCCAUCGCCUUCAUUGUUCUCGCUGUGAUGACGAGCAAGCGUCGACCAACUAACAAUCACAUCAGAUCAUGACCGAGAGGGCCACCGACAUCACUACAUCACGAAUUUGAAAUAAUUUGUUGUAGCUUGUUUUAAAUAAAUUAUUUACAGUUCAUUCAUUCAUUGGGGGUGGGAGGAAUGAUAGGGUCACUAUUUUUCUCGUUUGGCACUAGAAAUAACAAUUUGUUAUGGUUCUAAGGCAUUAAAACAUACUUUAAUAGUGACUGACUGAAAUAACUGUAGUAUUUAAACAUUACAGAGCUACUUGAAUGUUAUUAAGUAUUAUUUAUUAUAUUUCAUCUUUUGCAUUGUUUCACAAUUUUGCGUUUUCCCCUCUCACUCAUUGCUUACGCCAAGGUGUAUGAUAUUUGAUUUGAUUUGAUUUGAUUUGAUUUGAUUUGAUUUGAUAUGGUUUAUUGAUGAAAUCGUACAUCCUUCAGCGGUAACAUUUUUUAAACUGCAUUUUUGAAAAAAUUAUAAAUGUGGUUUUGUUGUGCCAAAGAAAUUGUAUAACUUUAGCGGCAUUUAUGAAAUCAGUUACAAGUUUAUUGACUUCUGUUUUUGCAUUAUAGGAGGGACGUUUAUGAAGAAUAGGGAAGCGAGUUUUUACACCCAGUUUUUAAUAACGAUUAAAAAUGUAUGAUUAAAUUGCUGUAAGUGCUACGUGUCUGAUGUGGUAUACUAUACUAAUUUGAUUGUGACUUUUAUUUAUGCCUUGAAUAUAAAGGAGUUUUCUAGACUGUCUAAACAGUAUAUAUGCAAACCUCGACAUCCCAAUUUAGGAUAGAAGUUGUGAGUUAUGAAGUUGUAGUCAUAUAAAUUGACCAUUACUAUUUGAAACAGGGGUCUUUCAAAAUCAAUUAAAUUAAUGUUCAUUUGUCAUCUCGUCAAAGUUUGACCACGGUUUAGUGUAUUUACGCAUUUACUAAUCAAUGAUGUAACCCAAAAUAACAAUAAACAAUAAACUAUGAUAUUUAAUUUA